AGUUUAUCGACCUUUGAAGGAGGCAUAGUUUGAGGCUGGAAAUCACAGACUGCCUUCAAAACCCAGGUCUGCCUCUUAUUGGACGUGUAAUCUUGGUCUAAAUGUUUUUAAACUCUCUGAGUCACCAUAGAACUUACACUGUCAGGAGGAUAAGAGAUGCAUUCCGAGAAAAUAAGAAUGUAAAGGAUCCUGUAGAAAUCCAAACCCUAGUGAAUAAAGCCAAAAGAGACCUUGGAAUAAUCCGCCGACAGGGGCUCCACCACAGCAGCCACCAACGAAGACACUGCCAUGCCAUGGCCACCGCAACCUCCAGCCCCAUAUUGCACUGACCAUAGCUGGACACAUCUGGGCUACCACUGACUCAUCAUGUGACCAGUGCAGAAGCUGUACCCCUAGCUAGUUUUUUUUUUUUUUUUACUAAAGUAUCACUGAUAUACAAUCUUAUGUUGGUUUCAAAUAUACAACACAGUGGCUCAACAGUUACCCGUAUUGUUAAAUCCUCACACCCUCUAGUGCAGUUACUAUCUAUCAAAGUAGUAAGAAGUUUCAGAAUCAUUGGGUAUAUUCUCCAUGCUGUACUACCAUCCCUGUGAUCAACCUAUAUUGUGAUUACAAAUUGUUAUCAGCUAGUUUCUUUUUUAAUGAAACAGUUCAAAUAGUGUAUGUAUCAGAAUCAGAUUAUGAACCUGCAGUAAACAAUUAAGAGCAGACUAUUUACAGCCAUUCAAGAUAGGAAGAAAUAGGUGAUAUUACAAGUAGCACACAUUUUUGUUAACUUGAGUGUAUAUGUGUUGGAUAAGCAUUUUCAGUGUUUCUUUGCUUACACUUAAUUAUAUUUGUAGAUCACUGAAAGCAAAGUAGUUUGCCCAAUUUAUUGGCAUUUUGGAUAUUGAUAGAUAAGAGUCUCUGAAACUAUAUUUACUUUUAUUUGUCAUUUUAUGAUGUAGUCUCAAGAGAAAUGUCCACCAAAUAACUUUCUUAAUGUGCCUGUUGUGAAAUGAGGAGCUAGUGAACAGUGACUGUCUUCUUUCACUGUCAGCCUCUGCAGCAUUUGCCCCAAUGCCCUAAGUAGUGGUUAAAACUGAGUUACAAGUAAUAUCUUACCCACAGUUGUCAUCAUCCUUUAGAACAGCCUGGGAAAAGGUAGGAUUGGCUUAAUUAGGUCCUUUGGGGGAAAGUCAUAGUGCACUCCUUAUCUCUCCUCAUGUAUACAUUUGCCUUAAGUACCAUUCUGAUAGUUUGGGAGAGUCUCUAAAAUUUAGUUGGCAGUUGUUUUGAUGGAAUAAAAGAAAAUUACUGCCUACAUUAAGGGUAUUUAAAAAUACAUGAAAAGAAUUACAUACUGUUCAUAAUAGCCAAAAGGUAGAAGCAAUUCAAAUUUCUACCAGUGGAUGAAUGGAUAAACAAAAUGUGGUAUAUAUGCAUACAAUGAAAUAUUACCCAGCCGUGAAAAAAAAGAUAU